GUCCUGUGUCAGGAUAACAUCGUAGACGAGGACCACCGGACGGUGAGACCGGACUAAAUGGAAGCAGCGGAGGAAACUCUCACUUACCUACAUGACACCGGACUUCACAGGAAGCUGCUCCCAGGGGACAAGGAGGACAAAAAGAAGAAGGAGGUGGAGGACAUUAAAGGCCACGAGUCCAACUAUGUGGAUCUGGACAUGAAACCGGAGUGCGCAAAAACUGUGAAAGUGACUUUUACCGGCGAGGGGAACCAGCUGUCUGUCAUCAAAUGCGACGGCUCGAAGCAGAGUACCGGGGAGGAGUGGGGUGAGCCCCCGGUGGAGACCCAACUUCCAGACUCCGAUCAUGGCUCAGAGACCGACGGGGGGCCGCUCCAGGACGAGCUCGACCCGAGCGACUGCAGCGAACACGUGCGCAGCGAGAGCGACGAGCUCCAGUACACCGACAUGUACCUGAACAGUAAGACCGAGUCAGACGACGGAACCAGCGCCGUCCUGUCCGACCACAGCGGCUCAGACACCGUGGAGGACGAGUCCCACUACAUCACGACGCAUGAGAUCCAGCUGACCGAGCUCGACCACGACGUCGACUACGACCUGGGCCGCGGCACCUGCUGGGAGUUUGAAGACGACAACCUGGUUUACUCAUUUGUGGAUUACGCGUCUUUUGAGAGCGAUGAGACGCAGGAGGGGACUCUGGUCCUGGAGGGCAGGAGUCAGGGCAAACCGCAGGCUAAUCUUGGGGGAGCGGCUGUCAGCACCGAGCAGGAGGAAAGUGAUCUGUGCGCCAGCUCUGAUGAAAGCGUGUGCAACAAAACCGAAAGCGGAGACGCCAAUACUGGGCAAAUCCAUCUAUCCAUAAAAGCCACCUCCAGAGCAGUGAACGAGCCGGUCUGUGUCCCUGAGAGCAGCACCUGUGGUUACGCAAAAGACUUUGGAGACAGGAGCCACUUCUCCUUCGUUAGCUCCGGCGCCAGAGCGGGGCCCUUGAGCGAUAGGGCUCAAUAUUUCAUCCCCGCGCCGGGCCGUCAGCACCUUGCAACCAAACUGAGACGGAAUGAGUAUUCCAGCGGAGCCUCCAGCUCCAUCAGCGAGCUGGAUGACGCUGAUAAAGAGGUGCGUAAUCUAACCGCCAAGUCUUUCCGCAGUCUGGCAUGUCCAUACUUCGAUGCCAUUAAUCUUAGCACCUCCAGCGAGUCCUCCAUGUCGGAAUAUGGGCUAAAUAAAUGGUCAGCCUACGUGGACUGGAAUUAUGGAAACAUAUCGCGGGGGGGAGAGCGCAGCGUAAUUGCGCACAAGACUUCCAGCGCAACAGUGGAAAUGAAUAACACUGUGGAGAGUAAGAGAGACGGUAAGUCCACUACAGACACGAAAUCACCACAAAGCAAAAUGUACGCACUGAACAAGAGAACAACUUUUCAACAAGCUUCGAGCAAAAAGAUCCACGUGAAAGAUCCAGUUCAGCCAAAGCAGCGAGGAGUGACACUGAAUUUCCUCUGUAAUGUUGAAGCCCCUGAAGGCACCAGGCGUCCAAAAUGCUCCAAGAAUUCACGAUCCACCGAGGAUACCGGGGCAGUGUCGGCCAGAUCAGGAUGUGACAUGCAGUAUCAUCUCACUGAGAGCACAGGGGACACGCACAAAAGGGCCAUUUUUGCAUCAAGUUUGUUGAAAAAUGUGAUUUCCAAGAAGAUGCAGUUUGAGCAGGAGCGCAAAAUGGAGAGGGGUGAGAUCCGUGACAGACAGAGGAGUCUGGGAAGAGCUUUGCACAGACAAACCUCAGAGUCAGGCUCAGGGCUGAGUGUUAACUCUGCUGAUGAUCAGCACCUGGAGGACAGCAGACCCAGUUCCUGUGGGCCUGCAGACGAACCGAAAACCAACAAAGCCCAAGAAGAGUCAGAAAAGGGACAACAUGAGUCUCCAAAAGUAUCACUCAGCCACAGCCAGAGCAGUGCAUUCAAUUCAGUGAAGGCAGAUGAGCCAGAACCUGUAAAGGAGGCUGAGCCCACAAGUGACACACAACACACUGCAAAGGACGGAUUAGACACCAACAGCAUGCUGACAAAACUGCUUUUUGUUCCGAGCUACCAGCUUCACUCAAAAGAGAAGGGUUUUGCAGAAGACAUGAGCCACACACCUGCCACAGCGGACGGCCUGCAGAAAUUUGAAAAAGACGAAAUAGGAAAGGGGGGGAAACCACCUGAGAUAAAAAUACGCCUGAGAAGUGUGAAAGAAAAUAAAGGCUGUACAUUGAAUAUUGCCAGCCUGUUAACCCCUAAAAUAAGUUACAACUCUGUUAACACAUUCAGGGCAGCAGGUGAUGCUAAAUGUCACAUUCUAUCUACAACAGAUAAAAUGCCAAACUUCACAGUCAGAGACAUAAGAGACACCAAAUGCAAGUUUCAAACGCCGAUUUAUCGCGUCAGGGAUGUGCGUAAACUGGUAAAAAGCUCAUAUCGCUUUGUUUCUCUGGACAGUAUUGAGAGUAAAUAUUCCACAGCAGCUGAUAAACUUGAGGAAAAGGGCAAAACGGAGCCAGCGAAACGUUUAUUACCAUCUCCCAUUGUGAUUAAAUGUCACUCUGUGAAGAAAAAUGCUAAAUCACAGGCCACCGAGGCAUCACAGAUCCAAGCAGGGCCAUGUGAAACAGCCCAAAGGGAAAGUGCACCAUCACAUUGCAUGACGGGCAGGGUGCCACCUGUCGUGUCCAAACAGCUACACACUGACCAGUCAGAAAUCCAAUCAAACACUGAAACCAAACUGACAAAGCAGAGGCAGGUCCCAGGGGAGACAGUGGAUAGGAGGAAUGAGCCCACGAUACCAAAACAGGCUGCUAUAGAAAAGCUUAAAGCUGCGGUCAAAACAAUGGAGCAGCUUUAUGUGUUUGAUAGAAAUGAAUGGAAGCGUAAAUCUCAAGCUCCACAGCCCAUCACUGACAGCCAUGUGCUCUCACUUAUAGCCAGAGAGGAGCAAGGAGGAGAGCAGCUGGAGGCAACGAACACCGACAGGGUCCCUCAAGCCACAGAAACAGGCAGAGCUCAGGAACGUGAGAGAGCUGUUGAUAUAAUCCAGGUCCCAUAUAACACCGACACUUUUAAAACACAAUCCCAGCCGGGGAAAAUAUUUAGCAACAAAAGCGUCCUUCAUUUUGGCAAUGGCAAACAGCCACGUGUCAGCAUUAGUUCAGUCAGAAACUCUAUUCCACAAAGCUCUGCUCCGCAAACAUCAUCGACUAUGAAAAGCUCCAGGGCACCGGCGGCUCCUCUGUCGGUGAAAAUAGAGCCACUGAAACACGUCCAGGUGCAGCAGGGAAAGGUCAAAAUCAUUCCCACUAAUCCCACUGUCACACAUGGCUGCACAGACUCCGAGAACUAUUUAACCAUCCCGGGGAUGGGGUACACAAGUGAAAUCAAACUCUCGAGGGAGGGGAGUCAAGCCCACACAGGUGAUGGCAAGACACCUGAGCAGAAAAGGUCUCCGUUAAUCAUGGAGUACCCAUCAACGAGCAUCUAUCAUCACCCUGCAGCAGCGACGACGACAGGGCCGCAAACCCAACCGCAGGUGUUGUGCUUCUCUCCCACUAUGUCUAUGAGCAGAGAGGCAGCCCCACCGAUCCAGCGCAAGAUGCUUUUGGACCCCACAACAGGACAUUAUUACAUGGUGGACACUCCCAUACAGGCCACCACCAAGCGACUGUUUGACCCCGAGACAGGCCAGUAUGUGGACGUACCCAUGCCCCAUUUGCCAGUGGCCCCUGUCAGCCCUGUGCCUCUCUCCUUGUCCCCCCUGACACUGAGCCCAGGAGCGUAUGCCCCCACCUACAUGAUCUACCCAAGCUUCAUCCCCUCGCCCACUCUCCAGGCUCAGGCCGUGCCGCCACAGUCUCCGGGCCAGUCUGAGGAUGCAGGCGGGGACAAGGUAAAAAAUGCCAGAAGUCCAAGGCUAGAAAAGAACACAACAGGUGCAGAGAGCGCGUAUUACAGUGCAACGGGAGAGGCUCCGCAGGGGCCACUGCAGCUACCUGUGAGUUUGGGACAUGUGACCAGCAGAGGAGGCGGAGCGAGCUCAGAGAGGAAGCCGGUCAUCAGCAUCACAACGCAACAAGGUCCAAGAAUCAUCGCCCCUCCUUCCUUUGACGGAACAACAAUGAGCUUUGUAGUGGAGCAUCGGUGACCAAGGAAACACCUCAUCAUACAUACAUCUCCUGUCAAGAAGAAUCUGGAUUCAAUCACCGUAAGUGCAGUACUUCCCCAGUCACUCCACCCUGCGAUCCACUCCCCAGGACAACUUCCAACCACAAUUUAUACCCCCACUUUGUUGUGUUGUUUAUCUGUGCAGCAAACAUUACUGUAUUCUCUAUGCAUUGCAGCACUUUGUAGGGUACAUGGAUUCAGCCGAAUCCUCUGGCUGAUGCUCUGCCAUGUUGCUUUAUAAAUCAGCUUUGAAAUACUUUCCAUUCAGCUGCUGUUUAGAAAUCGUAUCUCUGCUGAAAUGCUGUUUGGGCCCCACAUCAUGUCUAUUCAAAAGGAAACAAGGCAGGUCUUCUAUUAGAGUUCAGUGUCACUCAUCAUCGCCAAAGUCAUUAUUUCAUCACGUUAUGAGUUAGACUGUCUUGAAAGAAAAAAUUACA